AUGCAGUGGAUCCUCACAGCUGGCAUCGACAGUGGUGUCGUCAUUAGCAGCAGUGGCUAUAGAGAUGGUGAUGGCAGAGAUGAAGGUGCAAGUCCCACAGCUGGGCUACAAGCUGGCAAAGGCUAUAAUGUUGGCGACUGCGCUAUCCCAGCAGUAGUGACAUUGUGGAUGCCGUCGGCGCCGCAGCAGCCUCUGGCGCCCGUGUCGGGCCGCGUCCAGCUGCAGGUCUUCUACCACGACGAGCGCCGCGAGCUGGUCGUGUCCGUGCUCGCCGCAGACGACCUGCCCCCGCGCGACGACACCGGGUUCGGCACGCUGCCCGAGGCCUUCCUCAAGCUGCGCCUGCUGCCCGCCACGAACGAGCAACACGUCGUCAAGUCGAGCGUGGCAGAGCCGACGCAAAACCCAAUCUGGAACGCAACCUUCGACUUUCCCAACGUGCCGGGUGAGGACCUGAUGGAGCGCAGUCUGGAGGUCACCCUCUGGGACUUCUGCCCCGACCGUGACAGCGUCUUCCUCGGCGAGUGCUCGGUGGAGCUGCAGAAGGCGUUCCUGGAGGACCGCCCGGUGUGGUACCGCCUGGAGGACCCCCGCAACCUGCGCGCCGCGGGCGGCAAAUCGCCGCAGGUGUCGCCACGUGGGUCCCUGGCCGGCGAGCUGGCCCAGCGGCUGCUGCGCCGCACCGACUUCCAGCAGAGGUCCUUCUCUGAUGACAAGGAGAGCGACGAGCGGUCCGGGGGCUCCCCCGAGCCGAGCCUGCUGCACCCGGACCACGCGUGGCUGCUGGGCUCGGCGUGCAGCUCGCGGCGCGGCUCCAGCCAGUCCGAGCAGCUCGAGGUCGAGACCUACCAGCUGGGCAGGGACUUCUCGCGCUCGCUGCCCGGCUCCAGGAGGUCGUCCUUCCAGUCGCAGCAGGGCGACGCAGCCAAGGGCAAGUGCGGAGACCCGGACAUCCCACCCGUUACGUACAACAAAGAGCGGCGCCGCAGCAGCUGCACGCGCCACAUGCGCGACCCGGAUGAGAUCCUGCGGAGCCUCAAGGCCGUCAAGGGCGAGCUGGCGCUCGGACGCGCCAUGAGCUUCAGCGAGAAGGCGCGACGCCCGUACGUAGAGUGUGUAGAGGUGGUCGCCAAGUCCGUAGGGAUGCCGGCGAGUGGUAAGGCGAGAGUGUUUCUGCCGCCAGGGUGCAGCGUGGACAACGCCUCGUUGUCUAGGCCGCGCGGCGAGCACGCCAGGGCGCAGCUGUACCAGAGGAGCCAGCUCGUCAACGUUGGUGUGUGUGCCGUUGUAGGGGGCAGCAGGCGGGAGUCGAUGGUGGUGGGCGAGCUGCCGGCGUCGCUGCCCCAGGCGUCUGCGGGCAGCCCCUCGGACGAGGAGGACCGCUGGGGCGUGGUGGACCUGCAGCUGGGCCCCGGGCAGAUCCAGCCGCGCGGCUACCGCCUCACGUCGGCGCGCUACGGCGAGGUCUACCUGGGCCUGCUGAUGACCAAGGGCCAGCUCGAGGUCGAGGUGGUCAGCGCCCGCAACUUCUGCAGCGAGGACCGCGAGAACCCACCAGACACCUACGUGAAGACGUACCUGCGGGACGGCGAGCGGUGGCUGCAGAAGCGCAAGACGCGCGUGGUGCGGCACAGCCUGGAGCCGCAGUUCCGGCAGACGCUGCGCUACAGCGCGUGCGACGUGCUGGGCCGCGCGUUGCUCGUCAUGCUGUGGGAGCGCCAGCCCGGCUUCGAGCACAACGUGGGCCGCGGCGGCGCCGAGGUGGCGCUCGACAAGCUCACGCUGACGCAGCCCACGCACGCCUGGUACCCGCUCUUCCCGCUGCACUCGCUCGGCUCUGACUCCAACGACUCCCCAUGA